AAAUCGUGCUCUUAAAAGGUACGUAUGAUCUGCAUUAUAUCAAUUUUUGAAUCUGUUUACAUCUAUACUUUUGUAUUAAUAAAUUUGUUAUAAUAACAUAAUUUUUAAAAAUAUGAUAUUAAGCAGUUGUUUUAUAAAAAAAGUGUGAAAUGAAUAUUUUAUAAUCAAUAAUUAUUGAAUUUCAAAAUAUGUAGUGAACAAAAUGGGCCGUUAUUCUCAUGAACCGGUAAAUGCAAGCAAAUCGUGCAAAGCACGAGGAUCUAAUCUGCGAGUACAUUUCAAGAAUACACAUGAAACAGCACGUGCCAUUAAAAACAUGUCUUUGCGAAGAGCUCAAAAAUAUUUGAAAAAUGUAAUUGAACACAAAGAAUGUGUACCAUUCCGUAGAUUUAAUGGUGGUGUUGGUAGAUGUGCUCAAGCAAAACAGUUUGGUACUACACAAGGUCGUUGGCCUAAGAAAUCAGCAGAAUUUUUACUUCAAUUAUUGAAAAAUGCUGAAAGUAAUGCUGAUGUUGAUGGAUUAGAUCUUGAUCGUCUUGUAAUUAAUCAUAUUCAAGUAAAUCAUGCUCCUUGUCUACGUAGAAGGACAUAUAGAGCUCAUGGUCGCAUUAAUCCUUAUAUGAGCUCACCUUGUCACAUUGAGGUAAUUUUGACUGAAAAAGAAGAUUUUGUAGUGAAGAGUCCAGAAGAAGAACCAUCAAAAAAGAAACUCAGUAAAAAGAAGCUUGCCAGGCAAAAGGAAAAAAUGAUGAGAGAAUAAUUUUUAAUAUUGAAUAUACCAUGAACAAUAAAAAUUACACUGUUUUCUCUAA